GCUCCAGAUAAAUCCUCCGUCCUCCCUUCUUACUCCACGGUGGAUCUGGUGUCUGAGGACAGAGAGGAGGAUCCCUGGGACCUCCCGGAACUCAAGGACACCGGGGUCAGCUGGUCAGAUCUGGACACUAAGGGGCAGAUCCUGCGGGUGCUGACAGGCGUGCUGAAGGCUGUGAUGCUGCUGGGCUUCCUCUACAUCUUCAUCUGCUCUCUGGACGUGCUCAGCUCCGCCUUCCAGCUGGUGGGGGGUAAGGCAGCAGGUGAUAUCUUCCAGGACAACGUGAUCCUGUCUAACCCCGUGGCGGGGCUGGUAAUCGGGGUGAUGGUCACCGUGUUGGUGCAGAGCUCCAGCACCUCGUCCUCCAUCGUAGUCAGCAUGGUGUCCUCUGGACUGCUGGACGUGCAGUCUGCGGUCCCGAUCAUCAUGGGAGCCAACAUCGGGACGUCGGUCACCAACACCAUCGUGGCCAUGAUGCAGGCCGGAGACCGCAACGAGUUCCGCAGGGCGUUUGCUGGAGCUACGGUGCACGACUUCUUCAACUGGCUCUCUGUUCUGGUCCUCUUGCCGCUGGAAGUUGCCACCGGCGUUCUGUACAAACUCACCAAGAUCAUCAUCGACUCCUUCAACAUCCAAUCAGGAGAGGACGCUCCCGACCUGCUGAACGUCAUCACAGACCCGCUGACGGACUCUAUCAUACAGCUGGAUAAAUCUGUCAUCACUGGGAUCGCCACGGGAGACCCUUCAGCCAGAAACAAGAGUCUGAUCAAAGUGUGGUGCAAGACGGAGAUCAACACGACCUUCUAUAACGUGACGGUGGAGAGCUGCAGCGCCGGGUCCGUGUGCUGGGAGGAGGGGAACCUCACCUGGAGUCAGAUGAACUACUCCUGUAUCGACUACCAGCAGAAAUGUCAACACAUAUUUGCCUACGUGACCCUCCCUGACUUGGCGGUGGGUCUCAUCCUAUUGGCUCUCUCUCUCUUCGUCCUCUGCUCCUGCCUCAUCCUCAUCGUCAAGCUGCUGAACUCCAUGCUGAAGGGCCAGGUGGCCGUGGUCAUCAAGAAGGUGCUCAACACAGACUUCCCCUUCCCCUUCGCCUGGGUCACAGGAUACCUGGCCAUGUUGGUUGGAGCUGGGAUGACCUUCAUCGUGCAGAGCAGCUCCGUCUUCACCUCCGCCAUCACGCCGCUCGUUGGUAUCGGGGUGAUCAGCCUGGAGCGAGCCUACCCUCUGACUCUGGGCUCUAAUAUUGGAACGACCACCACGGCUAUCCUGGCUGCGAUGGCCAGCCCCGGAGAAACGCUCAACAACUCCCUGCAGAUCGCUCUGUGCCACUUCUUCUUCAACAUCAUGGGGAUCAUGCUCUGGUACCCGAUCCCCUUCACGCGUAUUCCCAUCCGUCUGGCCCGCGGCCUGGGGAACCACACGGCUCAGUACCGCUGGUUCGCUGCUGUCUACCUCGUCCUCUGCUUCCUGGUGCUUCCUCUGAGCGUCUUCGGCCUCUCUAUGGCUGGAUGGCAGUUCCUGGUGGGCGUCGGCGUUCCCAUCGUGGCGCUGGUGAUCUUCGGAAUCGUCGUAAACGUGAUGCAGUCGCGAUGUGAACAUUUCUUGCCUCGGAUACUGCAGAGCUGGGAGUUCCUUCCUCGUCCGCUUCACUCCAUGGAGCCGUGGGACGCCGUGGUGCAGUCCAUGUUCAGGUUCUGCGGGCGGAGAUGCUGCUGCUGCUGCAAGUGCUGCCGGACGGAGGAGGAUGAUGAGAAGAUGAUGAAGAGGAGGAACAGCAAGAAGAGUCUGGAGAUGUACGACAAUCACGGCAUGUCGAGUGACGAAGACACGGUGGAGACGGUGAAAGCAACAAAUCUCUAAAACCAGAUCUCUGACGUCCGGCUGAGAGAUGCUUCAGAAUCUCUAAAACCAGAGUUUACCACUUAUUUUUAUAUUUUGUAUUUUAUGUGAGAGGUCGAUGGUUUUAACUUUAAGCAUUUAAAUUUUAAAUAUUUAAUAUAGCGUU